UGAUCAUUGCCAGACUGCUAUUUGGAAUAUCAAUCAUCACCAUCUAUCCAAUUACACUUCUGUUGGGAAGGUAGGGCCCCACUUGGACAGCACAAGCAGUUGUUUCUGUGUGUUACCAUGUAACUGAGUCUGUGUGUGUAAAUUUAUGUUCAUUGCACAAAUCUGUCAUUCUGGACCUGCUGUUGCAAAUUCAUCGCCGUCGGCACGGUGGGGUCACACACUCAUUUGAGAACGGCUGCAGAGUGAUUCUGACUGUCAUCUGGAUCACAGUCACCCUCCUCAUCGCCAUGUUCGUCCCUGACAUGAGUGAGGUCAUCAGUGUUAUCGGAGGAAUCAGUGCCUUCUUCAUCUUUAUCUUUCCUGGGCUUUGCCUGGUAUUCACUAUGCAGUCAGAGCCUGUGUCGCCCAGAGUCAGGGUAGUGUGCACUGUGUGGGGUGUGAUUACUGUAAUUGUUGGAGCCUUCAUUUUGGGACAGAGCACUAUCAUUGCCAUUAUGGAGAUCUUCCACAAAUUGUGAUGACCAUCACCAUCAGAACCACCAAUAUCACCAGCACUGUCAUCUGUCAUUAUCAAUAAAACAACAUCAUUAUGAUGAUUGUACUGGCCCCCCGUGGGAAUCGAACCCACAACCCUGGCGUUGCAAACACCAUGCUCUACCAACUGAGCUACAGGGACGUUUAAAUUUGACGUUUAUGGGAGUCAGAAGUCUAGAAUAAGAUAUUGAUGUAGUGCUGUUAUAUCAACACUGCAGGUGAGGCACAUAACCAAAUUAUAUUUUAUUUGCUUGUAUCUCAAAUGUAUUCAGUAUGGAGCAUAUAUGACCUUGUUUAUCAGAUUUGUUGUUUUCUGAAAUAGUUUGAGAUGUACUUCACUCAUCCAAAAGCACAACAUGAAUGUAUCUAUAGUAUGUUCGGAUGGGAAAGUUGAGCUAUCUAUUUAUGUAUGCAUGGGCAUGUACGUGCAUUCAUAAAUGAUUCUUCCUUUGUGGCCAUCACAACUAAUCACAACAGAUAUGCAGCUACAGUCCAGUCAGCAUGCAGUGUGUCAUGUUGCAGAGCUGUGUC